AACCGAAGCUGCUUUCCCGGAAGUGAAGAAGCAGUGGUAGAACCGGUGCUUCAACAACCUUUUGGGUUUUGCUAGUUUUCUUUUUAUAACUUCACAUGGCUUACCCAGGAUACGGCGGGUAUGGCAGCCCAAUGCUACCCUAUGGAGCGCCUGGAGGACCAGUGGCCCACAUGCCCAGUCAAAUGGGUGGACCAAUGGGAGGUAUGCCACUCCGGGUUGGUGGAUAUGCCCCUUACGGGGUAGGCUAUCCCAACACAUAUGGUGCUCCAUCCCCAGCUGCCAAUGACCCAAUGUGGGGUUAUUUUACAGCCAUUGCUGGUCAGGAUGGUGAGGUGGAUGCAGAGGAGCUCCAAAGAUGUCUAACUCAAGCUGGCUUCACUGGAACCUACAGCCCAUUCAGCCUGGAGACAUGCAGAAUAAUGAUUGCAAUGCUUGAUAGGGACUUCACAGGAAAGAUGGGCUUCAAUGAGUUCAAGGAGUUGUUUAUGGCUCUGAAUGGCUGGAAGCAGAACUUCAUGAUGUUUGACCGAAACAGGAGUGGGACUGUGGAGUCUCAUGAGAUGAACCAGGUAAUCAGCUCAAUGGGAUACCGCAUCAGUCCUCAGGCUCUGAACGCCAUCCUCAAGCGCUACAACAAAGGUGGACGCAUCUUCUUCGACGACUAUGUGGCCUGCUGUGUCAAACUUCGAGCGCUGACAAAGAAUUUUAAGAGGAGAGACACAAUGCAGCGAGGUUCCGUCAACUUCCUUUAUGAUGAUUUCAUCAUGUGCACCAUGGCCCUUUAAGUGCUGCCAGUGGACACGCCCAUGGGACCACACAUGCUGACCAGCCAAUCCUUGAUGGAUCACGACCCGGUUCUACCUUGGCCAGUCUUAUUUGACAAGGGAACUAAGUGCCUGAAAAGUCUGUCAAAUAUUAACACCAUUGCUUAUGAAUAAAUGAACACAUGCUAUACAUAUUUAGAAAUUGUAUACAGCCAAAAAUAGUUAGAAUAUUAACUUUUGUUUGAAAAUAACACUUUUGUGCCAGUUUAUACAUACAUAAACCUAUAGCUCGGUUGGUAGAGCGGCCGUACCAGCAACUUGAGGGUUGCAGGUUCGAUUCCCGCUUCCGCCAUCCUAGUCCUUGCCGUUGUGUCCUUGGACAAGACACUUUACCCACCUGCUCCCAGUGCC